GGCUCAACAGAUUUAAACAUUACCGAGUCGGUUCUUAAAAACUCUGUCUCUCACUUCAAAAGUUCAAAGAGCUCACCUCCAUCUUUUCAUCCUCAUCAACCUCCAUGCUCUUUCACCCCAUUUUCUCGGAUCUCAGCCGUUGAUCUAUGACUCUUCUGUCCUUCAAAUAUUGGCUUUCCGCUCCCAACCGUAUCAACCUCCGUCAUGUCCUCCAAGAUCAACGGCCAGGUUUCGCCGCACUCCUGUUCCCACCUUCUCCAGUUCCGUCGCCGGAACGGUCCCGACUCAUUUCGAGCGCUACAGGAUUGCCUCCGCGUCAAGCCGCCGGGCGGCCGUGCCUCGAUUCGCCGAGACCCGGCGGAGGUUCCCUGCUGCCAAGCGUGCGGUGAGUCAGGAUCGAACCGCCUGUACGCGUGCGUGACGUGCGCUGCUGUCUCCUGCCACGCGCCCCAACUUACCUCCCACGCGGCAGCACAUGCCCAGUCCAUGUCUCCUGGACACGAGAUCGCUGUCGAUGUUGAUCGUGCCGAGCUCUUCUGCUGCGAAUGCCGAGACCAGGUGUACGACCAGGGCUUUGACGCCGCUUUCGUCCUUGCUCAAAACACCGCCACUACGACGACCGGAUCCACAUUAAUGCAAUACAGUGCGGAGCCGGGAAAUCUCCGGAAGCGCCGCAGAGUGGAUUACCGGCACUGGUCGCCGGAUUCACGCGAGUGCGUUACAAUGACAAAUCUCUCCACUCCCUUAUACGAUUCUACCAAUUCAUCAGAUGUGCCCUGGGGAUUGCGCGGACUGAAUAAUUUGGGAAAUACAUGUUUCAUGAAUUCAGUAUUGCAGGCGUUACUGCACACGCCGCUACUAAGGAACUAUUUCUUGAGCGACCGGCAUAAUCGGUACCAUUGCCAGCAGAAGAAUGUUGCCAACAAUGACGGAAAGAAUGGCAGGUUGUGCUUGGCUUGUGACGUGGAUGCAAUGUUUUCUGCUGUUUUUUCUGGGGAUCGGACUCCCUACAGUCCUGCUAAGUUCUUAUACAGCUGGUGGCAACAUGCGGCAAACCUGGCCAGUUAUGAGCAGCAGGAUGCACAUGAGUUUUUUAUAUCCAUGCUCCAUAGAAUCCAUGAGAAGGAGGAGAAGGACCAGGGGAAGCCUCAUAGUCAGGGAAGUGGUGACUGUUGCAUUGCGCAUAGAGUGUUUUCUGGAAUUCUGCGUUCUGAUGUUAUGUGUAUGGCUUGUGGUUUCACGUCUACAACAUAUGACCCCUGCAUAGACUUCCCACUGGAUUUGGAACCAAAUCGUGGAGGUUCAGCAAAGUCUUCAUCUACAAAAUCCCACAAUUCUUGCAAUGUUGAAGCAGAAAGAAUUAGUUUGAAUAAAGACUGCAGUAUAUCUACCCUGAAGGGUUGCUUGGAACGAUUUACAAGACCGGAGAGAUUGGGCUCUGACCAGAAGUUUUUCUGCCAGAAGUGUCAGGUGAGACAAGAGUGUCUUAAACAGAUGUCCAUAAGGAAGCUUCCAUUGGUUUCUUGCUUCCACAUUAAAAGAUUUGAGCAUUCUUCAAUAAGAAAGAUGUCUCGCAAGGUUGAUGGUCAUCUUCAAUUCCCAUUUUCAUUGGACAUGGCUCCUUAUCUCUCCUCAUCCAUCUUGAGAAGUCGAUUUGGGCACAGGAUUUUUCCUUUUGAUGGGGAUGAGCAAGAUGCACCGAAUGACUUGUCUUCAGAAUUUGAGUUGUUUGCUGUUGUCACACACACAGGGCGAUUAGAUGCUGGCCAUUAUGUGACCUAUUUGCGAUUUAGUAAUCAGUGGUAUAAAUGUGAUGAUGCCUGGAUCACACAAGUCAGUGAGAAUAUUGUGAGGGCUGCACAAGGCUAUAUGAUGUUUUACGUACAGAAGAUGUUGUGUUACAGAGCAAGUGAGAAAUAGGCAACUUUAAAAGGCUGGUGCAGAAUGAGAAUUUACAUUUUAACUUGGAUCAUGUAAGACACAAGUAGAGGUACCAGCAGAAAUAUUUAAUAUGAUUGAGACAUCAAGAUGGUGCCAUGGCCGGUUUUGUAUACUUGAAACACAGAUUUCAUCAAAGUGCCCUGCUUGAUGAAAAGCUAGGCCUCUUGUUCUUUUCUGGUACUUCAAGCAGUGAAUUUUAAUACUGAAUUGGAAUGCAAAGUAUGCCUAAAUUUUUGAGGCAUUCAAAUAUUCAAGAAAUUAUUUUUUAAAGGUACGUGUUGCUUACAAUUGAUACAAAUUUCCCUUUUUUUCUUGGUUGAAAUACUGGUGACCUUUUUUCCCCCUCUCAAACGAUCCUCAUAGAGGCAAUGCCAUAGAUAUGUACCUAUAUUUCACUAUUCCAUUCUUACUUGGCAUAUCUAUGGCAAUAAAUUGAUUUUAUGGUUUCCUUUGAUGUAUGGUUAAGAUUCAUUUUUUAUUUCUAAAAAAGUCUUCUUUUGCUUGUACUUCUCUUGAAUUGUGCUUUGUCAUGGUCAUGUAUAAUACAUGAAAUCCUUAAAAAGAUACCUUGUGUGGACUUAUGUUGGACCUUUGAUUUAAUAAUUGUCCCUCUGCUAUUUUAAUAUUGGAAUGCUUUGAGCCCGAAGCCAUUGCUAGAUUGACACAUGCAAUUAACCACUAAAUUAUUU